GAGCCAUAACCAUCUUCCACGCUGACUGAGCGACGUGCUUGAAACAGAACCGAGACAGAGGCACAGGAGGCAAAACCCCGUUCGUGGGCAAAAAUGCGAGGGCUGUCCGUGGCGCUGUCCGUGGUGCUGAAUCCUCUGCUGUUUCUACUGCUGUUCGGCUACUACCCUUCUGUGACAGUCAAGCCUAAGGAAGGCUGGCAGGUGUACAGCUCGGCCCAGGAUGCAGAGGGGAGGUGUAUCUGUACAGUGGUGGCUCCUGAACAGAACCUCUGCUCCAGAGACGCCAAGGAGGGACAGCUCCGUCAGCUACUGGAGAAGGUCCAGAACAUGUCCCGGUCAAUCGAGGUGCUGAACCUGCGGACUCAGAGAGACUUCCAGUACAUCAUGAGGAUGGAAGGCCAGUUCAAAGAGCUAAGGUCAAAAUUCAGACAGAUAGAGACCAACAAGAAGACACAGGUCAACAGAAACUUCCAGGAGUUGAAGGGUAAGAUGGAUGCCCUACAGCCUCUGAUCCCUGUGUUGGAACAGUACAAGACAGAUGCCCAGCUCAUCUCCCAGUUUAAACAGGAGAUCAGGAACCUCUCCAUGGUGCUCACAGCCAUCCAGGAGGAGAUAGGAACCUAUGACUAUGAGGAACUACAACAGAGGGUCCUGAAUCUGGAGAGCAGGCUACGCAACUGCAUGAGCAAACUCACAUGUGGUAAACUGAUGAAGAUCACUGGACCUGUGACAGUGAAGACCUCUGGUACACGGUUUGGAGCUUGGAUGACUGAUCCACAGGCCUCCCCUAGAAACAACCGGGUCUGGUACAUGGAUAGCUACACCAACAACAAGAUCGUCAAAGAGUACAAGUCCAUAGCAGACUUUGUUUCCGGGGCCGAGUCUCGAACCUACAACCUGCCGUUCAAGUGGGCCGGGACCGACCACGUGGUGUACAACGGCUCUCUGUACUACAACAAGGUCCAGAGUAACAUCGUGGUGUGUUACCGUUUCGAGACGGGCCGCGUGGUAACCCAGAGAGCCCUGGAGAACGCCGGCUUCCACAACGUCUACCCUUACACAUGGGGAGGCUUCUCCGACAUAGACCUCAUGGCCGACGAGCUGGGUCUGUGGGCCGUCUACGCCACCAAUCAGAACGCAGGAAACAUCGUCAUCAGCCAGCUCAACCCCGACACGCUACAGGUCCUCGGAACCUGGAACACGGAAUAUUCCAAACGGAACGCGGGGGAGUCCUUUAUGAUCUGCGGAACACUCUACAUCACCAACUCUCACCUGACUGGUGCUAAGGUCUACUACGCGUACUCCACCAAGACCUCCAGCUAUGAGUACACAGACAUCCCCUUCCAUAACCAGUUCUUCCACAUGUCCAUGUUGGACUACAACGCCAGGGACCGGGCUCUGUACGGCUGGAACAAUGGACACCAGGUUCUGUUCAACGUCACGUUGUUCCAUAUCAUCAAGACAGAGGACGAUUCCUGAGGAGGAAGAACCUCUGGAACACUGAUUAACAUUCCUGGUGUUCCGGUGUUCCAUCAGUCAUUGUGGGAGUUCUGUUGUUGGGUCUCUAAAUGGUAUUUUUUGCUCUUUUCUUUUGACAAUCCAUCUUCGGAUCUAUUGGCUUCCCUUUCAAAUUUCUAAUGCAAGAUUUACUAAAGAUGUUGGCCCCCGAACUCUGAACUGUCUCCCAAUGUCAUGACAGAGUCAUGAUAUUCUCUGGUAGUCCUACCUAGCAACCCCCAUUUUAAAUAAUCUGGCCCUCUAACGAUGACAUCAUGCCCUGACAGUCUUCCUCAUUUUCCUCUCUUUUGACACAAGCCUUUAUUUUAACUUUAUCCCUUUCCUUUCAGCUACUCUACACUGGACUGGCUGGGCUUGGUAACAUGCCUCUAAUUGGCUGGGCUUGGUAACAUGGCUCUGAUUGGCUGGGCUUGGGUAACAUGGCUCUGAUUGGUUGGGCUUGGGUAACAUGGCUCUGAUUGGCUGGGCUUGGGUAACAUGGCUCUGAUUGGCUGGGCUUGGGUAAC